CACAUCCAUUUUGGUUGGAGUUCGCAGGAAGUUGCCAUGUGAAAAAGCGAUGGUGGGAGCGAAGAAAAAACGUGGCCGUUUGAAUUGGAAGAGUCUGAGGUGAAAAGGAUAAAGGCUUAAGGCUGCAGCAGAUUAUAGGAAGUGUAGAAAAUCUUCUCUCCGUCAUCAUGAUUUUAUAUCUUCCCUCACCCGGAUGCCAGAUGGGAUUGGGGUGAUGAUUUGAAAGGAGAAUUUUUUUCCUUUUCCCAGAGAGAGAGAGAGAGAGAGAGAGAGAGAGAGAGAGAGAUCUGCAAUGAUUUGAGUGUGGAGGACUCAAGGGGGCCGUAGCGGAAACGCCAUCAUUCGGUUGAGCUCUUUGCAGAUCCAUGCAAAAAAGCAGCAGAGCUUGUGUUCCUCGUAUCGAGAAAGAAGUGACUUGGAGUUGUCAUCGAGUUAGGGGGCUUCAAAAGUUCAUUUGAAGGUCUUUCCUGUAUUAAGGUAGAAGAUGGUGUACGGGUUUAUAUCAACUGAUGGCAGACGAAAUUCAGGAGUAACUCUUUCUCUGCACUUAAAAGGUCGAAAAUGCAAAUUUUCAGAAUUAUAGGCCUCACUAGUCACACGAGUUUGGGUCAUAUUUGCAAAGGUUAUGAGCCACCUAUUUCGAUGUAUGGAUCUGCUUGUCCAAGAGGCAAACUUCAAUUUGCAAAAGCUGGUCAAACUACAAGUUUUUCAACCAAGCCUGCGCACGGAACCUAAACUUCCUGUAUUGCAAUCUAAUCUCGGUCCCCAGACCUCUAUUAUCAAAAGCUGAGAGUGGUGAGAAGAAACAUGACCUCUGAAAGGUGGAAAACGUUCCAUAUGUCGCCAUUUUGAAGAAGGAAAACAAUGGGUUCUUUCAAAGGACACGCGCUGCCUGGCACGCUUUUUCUCAUAAUUGGUGUUUGGCACAUGUGGAGUACUAUCAUGAGAUAUGUGUCAAACCCUAAAUCUUUUAGGGUGAGGAUGUGGAAUCCAGUCCCUGGCUUCGAUGGCAAGUUGAAGUACUUCGAACUUUAUGUUAUUGCUGUGGGCUCAUUUAUCGACAUGUGCAUAGAGUUCCUUUACUCUACCCACUUGAAAAUCAUCGUCAAUGGAGUACUCAAUCCUUCACAUAUGAAUGAUUUUGAGCAUGCUGGGAUGCUCCUCAUGUUCUUUCUACUUGGACUUGUGGCCAUCUUCAGCGAGACAACAAGUUAUCUUCCAUUGCCUGAAGGAGCACUCUGCUUAAUUGCUGCGACUGCCUUCUGUGGUGAAUACCUUCUCUUCUACUUCCACUCCACGACUCACAGUGGAGUCGAGGGCUACUACCACUUCGUCCUUGUCCUCCUUAUUCUCCUCUGCGUCCUAUCUUGCAUUGCUGGGGCCCUUUUUCCGACCAGUUUCCCCGUCGAUCUCAUGAAUGGAAUUGGCAUCACCCUCCAGGGCCUGUGGUUCUAUCAGACUGCUUUCACCCUUUAUGGCUCAAUGAUGCCAGAGGGAUGCCAUUUAAAGCUCAAUGAUGUUGUUUGUCGAUCAUCAGAGCUGGAAAUCCGAGGAGAACUACUUGCUAACUUCCAGCUUUUUGCUUUGAUCUUUGCUGUUAUUGUUACAAUUCUUGGGUUUUAUUGGCUAGCAGUGACUCAACAUCCAGAUUCACGAAAUUUGCUUUCUGUAGCUGAUGAUUCUGACAUAUGACGAAAGAAAAUAUGCUUUCUGUCACUAACAAAUGCACCAAGAAAAAUAACCUAUGAUGGCACGUGUCUGGAUUUUCAACAUUAAGAAAAGGGGGCAACAUGCAGUUUGUCUUCUUCAGGAGAGCAAGGUCUUGAAGCGGGAAACAAACAUCAGCGGAUCAAUGGCCAAUGGGUAGACUAUCAUGGUUAAAAUGGCAACAGGGGUUGUCAGAAGGUGGUAGUUGCACCAAUUAAAAUCAGAGGGUAGGCUAAGUUGGCAUGGAUAGGGCUGCUGCUCCUGUCUCUGACAACAAGGGGAAUGCAUAUUUCUUGAGAUUUUUUCUGUUUUCCUAGUAGAAAUGUUCUAUGUGAUCCUAAGUAUUGUCAAUGCAGCAAGUGUGGUACUUUCUUGUGUCGA